GAAAGCAGAAGGCAGUGAUGAUGGUAAAAGCAAAAAGUCAAGAAGAAAGGGACACUUCAUGAACAGAAGUGGAAGAAGAGAAUAGAAGAGAAGAGGGUUUGGUAUUGGUUGUGUUGGCGCUUUUCGAUUGAUCACCGAUCGGAACCGAAUGGGGAUUCUGUACGCGCUGGUAGGUCGCGGAUCGGUGGUGCUGGCGGAGUACAGCGGCACCACCACCAACGCCAGCGCAAUCGCGCGGCAGAUUCUCGAGAAGAUCCCAGGCAGCAACGACACGCACGUUUCCUACUCUCAGGAUCGCUACAUCUUCCACGUUAAACGCACCGAUGGACUCACCGUUCUCUGCAUGGCUGACGACACUGCCGGCAGGAGACUUCCUUUCGCGUUUCUCGAGGAUAUUCAUCAGAAGUUCGUGCGGACUUACGGGCGAGCCGUUCACUCCGCGCAGCCUUACGGAAUGAACGAGGAAUUCUCUAGGGUUUUGAAUCAGCAGAUGGAGUAUUACUCCAGCGAUCCUAACGCCGAUAGGAUCAAUCGGCUCAAAGGUGAAAUGUCUCAGGUACGAAAUGUCAUGAUAGAAAAUAUUGACAAAGUUUUAGAUCGAGGUGAUCGGUUGGAGUUGCUGGUGGAUAAAACUGCUAAUAUGCAAGGAAAUACAUUUCGCUUCAGGAAGCAAGCUCGCCGCUUCAGAAGCACCGUGUGGUGGAGAAAUGUCAAGCUCACGGUUGCACUUAUUCUCAUCCUACUUGUAGUAGUUUAUGUUGUGCUGGCUUUUGUUUGCCAUGGGCCCGCGCUACCAUCUUGCUUUUAGUGAAGGAUUGGCAAGUGAAUUCUAUGUGUGCUUCCUUGUGGUCUUCAACUUGCAGACGUCACUUCUUUUUUAUCUGCCUUUGAUUUGCAGAUUCCAUUUCUUCAACUAUAUUACUGGGUUGUCCACUUUUCUGCUAGUGAAUUUCUUGCCAUAGAUUGAAGUGUUCUUUUCUUUUUCAUAUAAAGUUUGAGGGGCAGAAAACUUA